UAUCCUUGACAUGAAAUAUAUAAAAGGUAAAAGUGACAAAGAGAUUGUUACUGAGAUCUCUGCUCACAUCAAAAUGAAAUUCCUUCUUCUCUGUCUGGUUAUCGCCUUUGUUGGCAUGUCCGAUGCGGCUUCCCUCCAGAAGCGCGUCACCUGCGACCUGCUGUCCCUCCAGAUCAUGGGCAACUCCUUCGGUGAUUCUGCCUGUGCUGCUCAUUGCAUUGGUCUUCACCACUCUGGCGGACACUGCAGCGGUGGCGUCUGUGUCUGUCGAUAAAUAUUCGGCCAAGGGGAGGUAGAUUGCACAUGUGUAAUUAUACUGUAAAAUAAACCUUUUUAAAUCCAA